AUGGGAUUCAGUACUAUUUCUAAUGACAACGAUAUCAAAGUAUGUGUGAUUAUGGUUGGCUUACCCGCGAGAGGGAAGUCUUUUAUCUCUCAAAAAAUUAUUAGAUACCUGUCGUGGUUAUCGAUAAAGGCUAAAUGUUUCAAUGUAGGUAAUUACAGAAGAGAUGUGGGCGGAAAUGUCCCUAUAGAUGCUGAGUUUUUCAAUUUCGAAAACGUUGACGGUUUUAAACUCAGAGAAUUGGCCGCUCAGAACGCCAUGAAAGAUAUCGUGGAUUGGUUUGCCAAAGAAGGCGGAACUGUGGCAGUGUUUGACGCCACUAAUAGUACACGUGAAAGGAGGAAGUGGCUUAAGGAUGUGUGUGAAAAGAAUAAUAUUCAACCCAUGUUUUUAGAGAGCUGGAGCGAUGAUCACGAAUUAAUUGCAAACAACGCUAAGGAUAUUGGCAGUACGUCACCAGACUAUAAAGGCUUUGAACCAGAAGUGGCGGAAGCCGAUUUUUUGAACAGAAUUGGACAGUACGAAAGAUUUUAUGAACCUUUGGAUGCUCAAAAUGAUAGGGAUAUGACGUUCGUUAAAUUAAUUAAUAUUGUUGAGGAGGUAGUAAUCAAUAAAAUCAGAACUUAUCUGGAAAGUAGGAUUGUAUUCUAUGUUAUGAAUAUUCGUCCCAAACCAAAGUUUAUUUGGCUCUCUCGACAUGGUGAAUCGAUUUAUAACGUAGAGAAAAAGAUCGGUGGAGACUCAUCAUUAUCAGAAAGAGGCUUUCAAUAUGCGAAAAAAUUAAAGCACCUAGUUAAAGAAAGCGCCGGAGAAGUAAAUUUGACUGUAUGGACUUCUACUCUGAAGAGAACACAACAAACGGCAAAGCAUCUUCCAUAUAAGAAAUUGCAAUGGAAAGCAUUGGACGAAUUAGACGCUGGCGUUUGUGAUGGAAUGACAUAUGAGGAGAUUGAGAAGAAAUAUCCCGAAGACUUCAAGGCUCGUGAUAAUGACAAAUAUGAGUAUAGGUAUCGAGGCGGCGAAUCGUACAGAGAUGUAGUGAUUCGCUUAGAACCCGUUAUUAUGGAAUUGGAACGUCAAGAGAAUGUUCUCAUCAUAACUCAUCAAGCUGUGCUUCGGUGUAUAUACGCAUACUUUAUGAAUGUUCCACAAGAGGAAUCUCCUUGGAUGUCUAUCCCUCUACAUACAUUGAUCAAACUGGAACCUAGGGCUUAUGGUACGAAGGUCACCAAAAUCAAAGCAAAUAUUCCUGCAGUAAGUACAUAUAAGGAGAAGGGCACAAGUCAAGUCGGUGAGCUUUCUCAAAACUCAACUAAACUUCAUCAACUACUCAACGAUUCUCCUCUAGAAGACAAAUUUUGA